AUGAUAAAUCCUUAUUGAUUCGCUGGUUUUACAAGUGGAGAGGGUAGUUUUUCAGCAGAAAUACUAAAAUCUUCCUCUCAUAAAAAAGGAUAUCAAGUAAUUCUUAAAUUAUCAAUAAGUCAACAUACUCGUGAUGUUGAAUUAUUGAAAUGCUUCAUAAGUUUUUUAGGAGGAGGUUUUGUAAAAGAACGUACAAGCAUUUCGGAAUUUGUGGUAGUAAAAUUAUCACUUACUACAGAAGAACUUAUACCUCUUUUUCAAAAAUAUCCUAUUAUAGGAAAUAAAAAUAAGGAUUUUAUAGAUUUUUGUAAAAUCGCAGAAUCAAUGAGUAAUAAUGCACAUAAAACACCUGAAGGGCUUGAUAAAAUUAGAGAGAUUAAAUCUGGUAUGAACAGGAGCAGAAAAUAA